AUGACGACUAUUAGUGCCUCUUCCAUCGAUACUCUUCGUACUCGCUUGACCACAGCGACCGUUUUUGUGCCUGGAACGGAUGGGUAUGAGGAGAGUCUGGUCCGGUGGUCGGACACGGGGAUGAAACGUGCUGGGAUUGUGGUUCAACCAAUUGAUCCGACAGACAUUCAAGCUGCUCUCCUCUGGGCACGGGAAGAAGACAUCGAUAUCGCUGUCAAGGGCGGCGGUCACUCAACAGCCGGCACAAGCUCAAGUGACGGCGGUCUGGUGAUUGACCUAUCGCGCAUGAAUAAGGUGACAGUAGAUCGCAUGAGCAAGACCAUUACGGCGCAGGGUGGUGCGACAUGGAAGGAAGUUGACGACGGGGGCGCUAUUCACGGCCUAGUAGCUGUGGGAGGAACCGUCAAUCAUACCGGCGUCGGUGGGCUCACCUUGGGUGCUGGAUAUGGCUGGUUAUCGGGUCAGUUUGGCCUGACGAUCGACAAUCUUUUAUCUGUGACGGUUGUGCUUGCAGAUGGAAGUCUCGUCAAGGCUUCUGCGACCGAACACCCAGAGUUGUUUUGGGGUCUGCGAGGCGCGGGUUAUAACUUUGGCGUGGCCGUGGAAUUCACUUACCAAGCUUAUGAAAGGACCAAUCCUGUCUAUUCUGGACUCAUGGCAUUUCCUCCUCAUCAGCUGGAGGAAGUGGUCCAACUAUUGAAUGCCCUCCUAGCAGAGCCAGACUCCCGCGCCGGCGCCAUGUGUAUCUUUGCCCAGGGACCCGAUGGCUCUGGACCGAUGAUCAUUGUCAUUUGCUUUUACGAUGGUACGAAGGAGGAAGGUGAAGCGCAAUUUGCCGGAUUUCUCGCUCUGAAACCGGUUCUCAAUACUGUGGAUAUGAUUCCAUACUCAGCAGUCAACACCUUGCAAAACCCCCAGGCCACAUAUGGGGACCGUAAAGCGUUCAAGGGAAUUUUUUACGAGCCACCACUAGCGCCAAAGUUUGUUCGGUCUGUUUUUGAAGAUUUCAUGGCCAAGUUACAGAGCGAACCCGAUCUGAUGGCUUCUGCAAUUAUCCUCGAGUUCAUUGACAUGCGCAAGAUUUGCGAAGUUCCUUUGUCUGCCACUGCCUUUGCCAGUCGAAACUCAACCCAGAAUGGCAUCGUUUAUCUUAGGUGGACGGAUGCGAGCAAAGAUCUGGAGCAUAGGUCGUGGGCGCGCGAGGUCCAGGCUAAGUGGACGGCUGAACUGGAUGCUCGAGCCAAGGGACGCGAGAUCGGGGACUAUGUGCCUCAAUACAUCAACUACGCUGAACCGGGUGACUCUGUGGUGCCGAAUAUCUAUGGUGAGAAUCUCGCACGUCUACAGAGGGUCAAAGCCCAGUAUGAUCCAACAAAUAUUUUCAACAAGAUGCAUCCCAUCUCGCUAGCUACUUCUAAGUAG